AUGGUUUCCCGGUCAUUACACCCACAAGCUAGCGUGUCCACGAUGGUAACGUCCGAGAUAGUGCUCAAUCUCGACAACGAAUAUGAGAGAAUAUAUUGGUGGAUGAAGCCAUAUGUAGAGUGUCAAAUGCCGUACUCACGGGCUGCGCGUAUCAUCUGCACGUCAUCCCGAUUAGCACAAGCGGAAAUUAUAUGCAGUGAUGCGAGUUUUGUCGUUCCCUGCAACUUAGACGGUGUGGAAUCUUUAUUACGAUUCAGCUUCACAAAGGCCCGCAUAAAUAGCCGAUGUUCUGUUUCAUGCGGACCCGUCCUGUCCACAUUCGAAAUAGGCGGAAUCCUAAAAUUUACGCAUUCUGUAGAAGGAAUGAUAAGCUCAUGGAUCGAAGGCCGAAUAAACAGCUUUCAAGACAUCGAGUUCCCCGACGUUUUCCAUACUGCCCACGUUUUCGCUCAGUGGUAUAAGACCCUACUUCUGACAACAGGUGCACUAGCACUGGCAAUCAUAAUUACACACAUCUCCAUAUGGACAUGGGGACCCAAAGUUGUAUUAGAAGUACUACGAGCAAUUGCGGCAACGGUCCGACUGUUUUUUCGUACCUGUUUUCGCGUUCUCCUUGUCUUCUCAAAGAUGGCCGAACGAGAUAGUGACAUCGCGUAUUUUUCCACUCUAUACUCCACCGUCAUACCGCGUUGA